CGUCACUGUCAGUUGUAAUAGAUGUCAAACCUCCAGUCAAUCUCAAUUGUUGUAAUGCCGAUUUCUGAUAGCUGUAAUCAGUAAUUAUUACUUGAAUUCGCUCUCAAUUAUAGUUCCACGAAUCUCAUUAUUCGUACCGUCGAAUAACGGUUGUCCGCAACAAUAUCUUUCUCUAACAUCAUGCUCGUCCUAGUCCUCGGUGACCUGCACAUACCGCACCGGUGCAGCAGUUUGCCGCCAAAAUUCAAGAAGCUCCUGUUACCGGGCAGGAUACAACACAUACUCUGUACUGGAAACCUCUGUACUAAAGAGUCAUAUGACUACCUAAAGACCUUAGCUAGCGAUGUUCAUGUUGUACGAGGGGACUUUGAUGAGAACUCCACAUACCCAGAACAGAAAGUGAUAACUGUUGGUCAAUUCCGCAUCGGUCUCAUCCAUGGUCAUCAGGUCGUACCGUGGGGUGAUGAAGAGUCCCUGGCUCUCGUACAGAGACAGUUAGAUGUUGACAUACUGAUAUCUGGUCACACACAUCGGUUUGAAGCCUACGAGCAUGAGAACAAGUUUUACAUCAAUCCUGGAUCAGCUACUGGGGCUUACAGUCCUUUGUUUAGAAACGCUACUCCAUCAUUCGUCCUUAUGGACAUCCAGAGUUCGACAGUCGUCACAUACGUAUACAAACUCCUCGGAGACGAGGUCAAGGUCGAAAGGAUUGAGUAUAAGAAAGCAUAGAAUUGGUUGUAUAUGCAAAAAGGUUAAAGUUAUGUAAGACAUUAUUGAAUAUGUAGACUGUAAUAGCUUAACUAUUGGAUUGCUGUAAGCAGUAAGAGAUGUUUGAUAUGAUUUAAUCUGUCCUCAAAAAUGAAGAACACUUAAAGAUAGAGGGAAAUUAACCAUCAGAUAUGUAACUCAUGAUACCACCCUCUAUAUUACGCCCGAAAUAUUACACACAUUAUCCUACACAGGGUGAGGUCUGCGCCCAACAGUGGCACUUAUAUCGCUGGUAUUAUUAGUCGGUCACGUUAGACGUGAGAUUUUCCAAAGGUGCCUCAAAGAUCAAACAAUGCGCCAUUUCAAAGAAGUUCUGAGAGUGAUCCUUUAGUUAAACUGUUACAGUCAAGUGAAUGUCUCACGAAAGCUAUUAUACAAGAAUAUUAUUUAGAUUAAGUUAUGUAAGUUUGGAAUGAGAAAUGAUGUAUUUACAUAAUGUAUGUAAAAAUAAAUUAAGCUCAUUGUGUCCCUGUGAAAUACACAUGUGUGAGAUUU